AACAUUUUUUAUUUGUCUGUAGUUGUUAUGGCGAUAGCCAAUACAAGUCAUAUUGAUAUGUUGGAUUUUCAAAUCAAAUUUAAUCAGAGGGAAUCCCCGAAAACACCUUACAAGCAAGUGCUAACAGCACGCCUGAAAUAGAACUUUCAGAUAACAGAAUUUGAGUGUAUAAAAGAGGGUAUGCGAGAUGGUCCAGUCAAACCCAGCUUGUUCAACAGCGGAAAAACAAGUCCAGCUGCACACAAGACACGAGUCAAUCGAUUCAUCAUUCUCCAGCCAUGAAGCAGAUCUCUUUGUCGUUGAGCGUCCUGUUGCUGUUCCUAGUGGUUCUGUGGAGCCCGCAAACAGAGUCCUGUGGUCUGAGGCCCCUCACAUGCAAAGUACUGCGUCAUCUAUCAGACGAUUACGUGCCAAUUUUACUACGCAAGAAACCUAACCUUGCAAAUGACCUCGGGACCUUCUCAAACACAAGAAUAAACAUUGGCGCAUCACAAAGCCCAAAAGAUGUCCCUAAUGCGCCUGGGCGCACUAGCAGAGCCGCUGACCAUGUCCAUAGGAGAGUGGGCACGACGUGCCCAUGGAGUUGGGAGACUGACGAGGAUAGCGAUAGGUUCCCCAAGUUCAUCAUGAGGGCAGUUUGCACUGACCGCGCUCGAUGUGGCGUGUGCAGGAAAGUGUUUUACGAGCACACGGUGCUAAGAAGGCGAUGUGAUGCGUCCCUAGGGCUGGUGUGGGAGAGGGGUACCCAUACUGUGCCUAUUGCUUUCGUCCGCGACGUGUGACACGAGAAGACUUGGGAAAAGAAUGGAAAUGACAUAUGGGAAAUGACACAGAGAUCAGAGAGACAAUUUUUUAACUAGUUAAGCUAAAAGACAAAAAUAUGCACAAAUAAAUUUAUUUGUAUUGCUUA